GUCCUCCUAUCUCUGUAGCCCACGUUGGCGAUAGGGUUAACGGGAGUCAACAUGCAACGCACCGGUGGACUAGCGGCCCAGCUGGCGGGCGUCCAGCUCUCAGGCGCGCUGCAGGAGCUUAAGACUGGGGUGCUGAGGGCGUUCAGCACUCAGGCGCCCGCAGCCGGCGCCUCUGCCGCAUCUCCUCCUCCGCCACCUCCACCUGCAAAGACUUCGUUUGGAAACCUGAAGGAUGAAGACCGCAUUUUCCAGAACAUUUAUGGGCGGCACGACAUUAGCAUCAAGGGUGCGAUGGCUCGCGGCGACUGGUACAUGACCAAGGACCUGGUCCUGAAGGGCCGCGACUGGAUCAUUGACCAGAUGAAGAAGUCGGGCCUUCGUGGUCGUGGUGGUGCCGGUUUCCCGUCGGGCCUGAAGUGGAGCUUCAUGCCCAAGGUCUCGGAUGGCCGGCCCAGCUACCUGGUGGUGAACGGUGAUGAGUCGGAGCCGGGCACCUGCAAGGAUCGUGAGAUCAUGCGCCAUGAGCCGCAUAAGCUGGUGGAGGGAUGCCUGAUUGCCGGUGUGGCCAUGGGCGCGCGCGCUGGUUACAUCUACAUCCGCGGCGAGUUCGUGGAUGAGCGGAAGGCCGUGAUGCGUGCCAUUGACGAGGCGUACGCCAAGGGCUUCCUGGGCAAGAACGCUUGCGGCAGCGGCGUGGACUUUGACCUGAUGGUGCAUUACGGUGCGGGUGCCUACAUUUGCGGAGAGGAGACGGCGCUCAUCGAGUCCCUUGAGGGCAAGCAGGGCAAGCCCCGGCUCAAGCCCCCCUUCCCCGCCGGUGUGGGUCUGUACGGCUGCCCCACCACGGUCACCAACGUGGAGACGGUGGCUGUGUCCCCCACCAUCCUGCGCCGCGGCCCCGAGUGGUUCUCCUCGUUCGGCCGCAAGAACAACGCGGGCACCAAGCUCUUCUGCAUCUCUGGCCACGUCAACCGGCCGUGCACUGUGGAGGAGGAGAUGAGCAUCCCGCUCAAGGAGCUCAUUGAGCGCCACGCGGGCGGCAUUCGCGGCGGGUGGGACAACCUGCUUGCCAUCAUCCCUGGUGGCUCCUCCGUGCCGCUGCUGCCCAAGAACAUCUGCGACAACGUGCUGAUGGACUUUGACGCCCUGAAGGACGCGCAGUCGGGUCUGGGUACCGCCGCCGUCAUCGUGAUGGACAAGUCGACGGACGUGAUCGACGCCAUCGCCCGCCUGUCGUACUUUUACAAGCACGAGAGCUGCGGCCAGUGCACGCCUUGCCGCGAGGGAACGGGCUGGUUGUACGACAUCAUGACCCGCAUGAAGAAGGGUGAUGCCCGGCUGGAGGAGAUUGACAUGCUGUGGGAGCUGACCAAGCAGAUCGAGGGGCACACCAUCUGCGCGCUGGGUGAUGCCGCGGCGUGGCCCGUGCAGGGUCUGAUCCGCCACUUCCGGCACGAGAUGGAGGACCGCAUUAAGAACGCGGGCGCCCCGCAGAAGAUCGCCGCCCACGGCCACUAGACAGCAGCAGCAGCAGCGGGAUUUCGUCGGGUGUUGGCUUGCGGCUAGGAGGAAAGACAUGUUGGAGGCUUAUGCGGGUGCUCUGCUUCGCCCUUUGCUCUUGGAGUGAGGUGGCGUUAGCGGCACUCCGCAAGCUGGGUGGUGAUGUUUAGGGGUCCAUGGUAGAUCGGGCAGAGGUCGCUCUGAUUGGAUAGAGGGCAAGCUGUACGGCACGGCAGUUUGUUGUGUAUCGUGUGGGGGGAAGUGUGGCCGCCGUCAAUGAGAGUCGCAAAAAGUUAUUGGAGGGCGUGGUUGUGAUUCUCCUUUAGGCUUAAAAGUAAGUUUUUAACUGAUUUGGGAGUUGAGGCCUUUUGCUAGCAAGCCGAAGGUGUGGCGGAUGGGAUCGGGGCGUGCGGCAUUUUUACUGGAAUGGUAUUAGGUAGCCCAUUUUCUGGAGCGCCUGAACCCAAGCCAAAUGUAAGCGGUGUAUACAACACGCCAAAUCAAGC